AUGAUUAUUAUUAGAAAUGAUGUAGAAGAAAUAGCAGGACUGAAAAAGAAUAUGUUCUCAAAGUUUGAAAUGAAAGACCUUGGGAAUCUCAACUAUAGGUCUAAACGGGGGAUCUCCAUCUGCCUAAAGAAGUAUGUCCUUGAUCUCCUGGUGGAAACCGGAUUGAUUGAUUGUAAACCAGUAGAUACUCCAAUGGUGGUGAACCACAACCUUCACAUGGAACUUAAUGGAGAGCUUGCAGACAAAGAAAGGUACCAACGACUCGUGGGGAAGUUAAUUUAUCUCUCACACACUCAUCCUGAUAUAGCUUAUGCUGUUGGAGUGGUAAGUGAGUUCAUGCACCAACCACAAGUUACCCACAUGGAAGCAGCACAUAGAAUUUUAAGGUAUCUCAAGGGGAUCGCAAGCCCUGGAGUGUUGUUCAAAACAAAUGAACAUUUAAAUGUUGAGCUCUACACUCAUGCACACUGA